AGAAAUCGGAGGUGCAGAUUGCAAAGAUGCAACCUUUGCUCGGUGCAAGUGUCUACCUGUGGUUGGUCUGCAUCCAUUUGAGCAAGAGGAUAACUGAAGUGAACAGCAGGAAAAAGAAACAGUUAGCAGCAGAUUCAACCAAGCAAUGACGUUAUUAAUCUCCAUAGUUCAACCACCAUCCCUCCUGGCAAUCCAAUUCCAACCCCUCCAGAACAACAGAUUCAAGAGGAAUAAUCCUGCCAUCUCAGCAAGAGCAAGAACUGUCAGAGCUAGGGCAGCAGAGCUCCCAGCAGGAGUUGUGGUGCCAAGGGAGCAGCCCAAGCUGAGUGAGCCAUUCCUAGGGUUCACCAAGACUGCAGAGGUUUGGAACUCUAGGGCCUGCAUGAUUGGUCUCAUUGGGGUUUUCAUUGUGGAGCUGGUGCUGAGCAAGGGUGUUCUUCAGACAAUUGGACUGGAAGUGGGGAAAGGACUCGAUCUUCCACUGUAGUUCUUCAGGAAUUUGUGGUUGAUGUUCAGGGACUAGAGUGACCUGUUUUUCUCUUCAGAAAGAUUGGAUAUGUCAAUUAAUGCUAUGCACUAAAUAUGUACUCCUAUAUGCUAAGCCCCUUACAUUCCGUUGUUAUUUAGCAUAUUCUGUCGUUGCCACAGUAAUCAACAAGAUUUUCAUCGCAAGAUAUUCCUAACGACGGUGAAUUUGUGUUACAGAUCAAACGGUUAGAACUUCUCGAGGUCAUGUUCGAUUAGCAAUUUAGUAAUUCAGAUACUGCAGUUUCUUCGAGAAAUUGUUUAUCUGAAAAUUCUUUAGAAGUUUCUCAAGAAUUGAACUGAAUUUAAUGUC